AUUGUUAAAAUUGCUUGCAUGAGCUGCGCUUUUUUAUUUGUUUUAUAUUUUUGCACAUUUCUCACUCACAUUUUUCUGUUACGCUUCUACUGACGCUUACGUCAUUUGUUCGAGCGUUGCUAAUUUUAGCUAAUUUAUUGCAAUAUUGUCAGUAGUUGCUGAUGUUGUAGUUGUUGUAGUUGCUGUUUGCUUUUGGCCCGAUCGCCAGCUUGUAGCUCUGUGCAUGACGAUUUGCAUUGCCGCAUUUCAGUUUCGUACGACAAUUUGUGUGAGUCUCUCUGCCUGUCCGCCUGUCCGCCUGUCUGUGUUUGGUGUAGCUCUGCAACAAUGCCAACUUGAUAUUGUUUGCCAAACAAAGAGUGUAUUCGUGCAACAUAGACAUAAGCAUAAGCGGCGUUUCGCAUAAGCGACAUCCGACGCUUCCAGUUUGAUGAUAAAUUGACGCUUUGUGUGCGCCACCUCAUGUCAACAAUUUAUCAAGCAACAAAUACAACAAAUUGUAUCUGUUGACCCAAUUCCGAGCCAGUUACGAGUGCUGCUGUGGAAAUGCAACCAAUUUCAAUAAUAACAAAAAUCCUAAACAGAUUAUAGCACUCGGAUAAGUGGGCACAACAAGCCAGAUUUCAACUGCAACUGCAACCUCCACUGCAACAUUGUAUGGCUCUCACCAUGAAGUCAUACACACAAAUACUCUACACAGCGCUGCAUAUAAUUAUAAUUGCAACUUUAACGAUACACGGCGCACAGAUACCGACAUCUGCAAAGGAUGCCGAAGCAGCUUUAAACGAUCCCGAAGCGGCAGCUGCUGGAGCGGAUGGCACGUCCACAGCGAAGCCGGUCAUUGAGCCAAGCGUGCGCGUAAAAUGCCUAUCCGGUUCAAUGCUGAUCACAAUCAAAGAUGCGCCAGUGAAUCAUGAGACUGGCCUAUUUAGUGGCAUGAUCUAUCCGAAAGGCUUAUCGAAGAACUCCACAUGCCUCAGCGAGUACAGAGAUCAUGUGGGUGCAUUGCGCUACAAGUUGCCACUUCGUAGCUGCAACACGAUGCCCAAGGAAACGGAUGAUGGCGGCAUUGAGUUCUUCAACACAAUUGUUCUGCAACCACAUUUAAAACUCAUCACCGAUCUGGGCCGUGGCUAUCAUGUCCGCUGUGCCUACAAGAGCCGCGAUGCGGCCAUCAAGCCCAAGAAGUAUUUGCGCAAACACGCACAAAAACCGCAAGCAUUCCGUAGCGUCAAUGGGGAGUCUAACGAUCGACGUGACUACGGCCGAUCGCUGGACAGACAACGCGACGAUGAAUUAGAUGAGGAGGAUGUGUACGAUGAGCGCGAUGUGGCGCAGGAUGAUAGCAACGAUAUGACCACUAAUGAGAUUCCCAUGCCCGGCUGCCACAUGAAGAUCUACAAUGAGGAACACAAGAUCGCAGAUGAUGUGAAAAUCGGCGAUCCCCUAACCAUUGUCAUCAGCAUAGACGAACAGAAGUUAUUCGGACUGCAUGUGACCGAUUGCAUAGUGCGUGAUGGUCUCGGCUGGGGAGAACAACGUUUGGUGGGAGAGGACGGCUGUCCCAUGGACAACGAGAUCAUGGGCCAAUUCAACUACACUGAGGAUCGCCUGGCGGCCAAUGUCACCUUCCCUGCACACAAGUUCCCCUACACCACGUCAGUGUACUAUCAAUGCAAUGUGCGCUUGUGCGCCCUACAGGAUCCUACAUGUCAGGAGGCACCCGUGUGCAGUGGUAAGCGACCCAAGCGACAGACAUUGACUGAUGGCAAGGAAGAGGAUGGCUUGCCCGCAACCAUUGAAGUGUUCUCCGGCUUGUAUGUUAACGAGAACGAGAACGCCAACGAUAGGGAUGAGGAUGCGGUCUUCAAAGAGAAGACUCUGGAUGAUGCUUUGUGCGUAUCGCAGCGCACCUUUGCCAUAGCCAUCGCCAUUGCCGGCCUUAUAUUGAUGCUGGCCGUUGUUGCCGCCGUGCUCUGCAUAAUGGCACGUCGCAGCACGAAGACGGCAUCCAACUCUGGCAGCUCGAUUUACAGUGGGCCCUAUACGAACACCGCCUUCUCGCACAGCAGCUAAGUGCGCGCACACACACACACACACACAUAAGGCGUGGAGAGUGUGAAAAUUCAAAAUUUGAUCAUUUCCAAAAUUGAACAAUUGAACACUCAAAGUGUUUAAAAUCCAUUUAGUUUCGUAGAGUCUUGAUGUGCGAUCCGAUCUUUCGUGCAGCCGGUGCCGCUGCGGUAGUCAAAGCCGUCGAAGUGUUUAGUGUCUGUAGCUUGUAAGGUCACAAGAGCAGUUGGGCCCAACUGCCUAGACUUAGUGUUACGCGUAGUUUUUAAUUUGCAAACCUCGUGCAGAUAUUACCAGGCAAUGGAGCCGCUCGUUCUAUUGCCCGCUAAUGUCGCAGAGUUGUGGGGCACGCGACUCUGUUGGCCACAAACGGUGUUGGACUCACACACUUUUAUCAAAACACUCUGUAGCAGUGCAGUCAUUUGCAUAAUUUACUCUAUUUACAAUUAGUUUAAAAAAAAACACACACACACACACACACAAUCGAACUAACAACGAAUGCAGCCGACGCUCAGGUGAUAUUUGUAUCUUAUCUAAAGCUAAAGCAAACUAUAAUUUAUUAACCUAAUGGGCACUUUACUACCAAAGUUCCAAAACACACACACACACACCCCCUCACACACACACACACUUUGUUCUUAGUUGAAUCUCUUGUGCGAUUUCUAGUAAUCUUGUCAUUUGUUUAACUUACUCGUAAACUAUUGCACUAUAAUUAUUUGCAUUAAUGUGUAUGCGAAAUACUCGCAUUACGCAUACGCCACGUACGGGCAGCCCUUCUCAGAGCGAUGCCGUCCCACUAUAAUACAUACAAUACUAUAAAUAAUGAAUAUAGAUGCCUAUCAUACAUAUGUAAAUGAAUAAAUGAAUAAACAAUGCCAGCUGGCAUUUUUUGAACUUGUAACAAUUCUGAAAAUAGUUAGAUUAGAGCCUUGCACAACUUCAUUUGAGCAUUUCGGCCAGAUAAAGCUUAUCUGAAGCUGUGCAAUGCAAAUUAUUUGAAAAUCAAAAACCAGAUGUGCGAGAGGACCUAUUUUUUAAAGCAAUUUUAGUUAAACAUGUAAUCUAAUCUUAAUCAACGAACAAUAAAUUUAAAUUGACAAUAUAAAAAUAUA